UGAUAAAAGAAAUGUCGACCGCCGAAAGAAUUCGAAUAUACGCCGCAAAAUCAGAAGCUUAUGCUAUAUGAAAUACUCUGUCCUUUGAAAUAAUUUAGUGUUGUAGUUGUACCGUAAGCCUGGUCGAUUGCGAAACCAAAAAUUCGCUGUUGCGAAGGGUGAGGGCUUGUCAAAACAAUGUUCACUUCUGUGUGUGUUUUGCGCAAGCUUUAUCGGCGGAGAUUUGCGGCUGAGCAAAAGAGCGAAGCAUAAACUGGUGUCAAGCUGGCCAUCAGCUGCCUGUUACUCAUGUCAUCAACUACAAUGGUUUGUUUCUGGUGUAUUCUGUUCCCCUCGUUGUUCCUGAGCGCAUUUGCAGGAGAAGACAAGCUGACGACUGACGGGGACAUUAUUUUGGGCGCUCUAUUUCCGAUUCAUCAGAUUGGAAGGACGGAAAAGGAAUGCGGCGUGUUUAAUGAACUGGUUGGUUACCAGUACAUGGAGGCUAUGUUGUACGCUUUAGACAAGAUAAACGAACGUAAUGACAUUCUUCCAGGCAUCAAACUCGGUUCAAUCAUCUACGACACUUGUCGCAGCCCAAUUAUAACCGCAGACAAAACAAAGGAGUACAUUAAAGUUACUCUGAAGAAGUCCACUCCAAACAGUACCGAGUUUGCUGGCGUUAUCGGCGCAUUUAAAAGCGGUAAUUCGGUGAUCGCCGCCAACUUUUUACGCGUAUUUCGAAUCCCACAGAUAAGCUACGGUUCACUUACGGUCAAACUGAGCAACAAGAAUGUGUUUAAUUACUUUCUUCGUACCGUCCCCCCCGAUAGCUUUUUUGCGGCCGCGUUGGUUAAGCUUCUCUUGAGAAUGGGAUGGACGUACGUUUCCAUUGUUUACUCAUCCGGGACAUGGCCGGAGACUGGAGCCGAGGAAGUCAGAAAGGCCUUGAAAAAUGACAAGAUCUGCGUCGCAAAAUCUCUGCAGCUAUCUCGCUUUCCAACACCCGAGGAUUUUGCUAGGAUCGUGGAAGAAUUGACCCAAGAUAGUCAGCCGAGAAUAGUGGUGCUUGUCACCAUUCAGCGGGACUCACGCGGACUUCUCGUGGCGAAGAAGAAAAACCCACGCGGUUCGAGGCUGUCCCUCGUGGGUAGUCUCGAAUGGAGUAACCGCAGGGACAUCACGCAAGGUCUCGACGACAUAGCGGACGGCACCAUCGCAUUCGGUCAUAGAGAAGGAAGAAUUCCUGAAUUUGAAUACUACUUUCGAAAUUUAACGUUCAAAAACUACAGUAGAAAUAACAAAUACUGGAUUGGGGAAUAUUGGCAGACGACGUACAAGUGUAAAUUGCGGAAUAUUUCGGUCCCAACAAACUAUACAAACUAUUGCAGCGAAGAUGAAAUGAAUCGACUGAAUACUGGGUACAAGGAACUUGCGCCAGUUCAGGUUGUUAUCAACGCAGUUCAAGCAAUGGCGAGAGGCCUUGACGCGUUACAAAGACACAAGUGCCCGAAUACCACGAAGAUCUGCAAGGCGAUGCGACCGUUAGAUCGAACUCUGUUGCUAGAAUUCCUUCGUAACGUCACAUACAACGAUGCAGCGUUCCACUUCCCCGUCUCAUUCAACGCCAAACAAGAAGUGGACGGCAACUACACUCUCUUUAACUUUCGCUGGGACAACAGCUCCUACAAGUACAUUGAAGUCGGUUCAUGGGUCAGCAGAUUAAAUUCAGAUGGCGUUAUAGAGGGGCGCUUGGUGCUCGACGAUUCGAAGAUUCGCUGGGCAAAGGGAAAUAAAACGGCACCGCUGUCCACGUGUCGGCCAAAGUGCAAGCGCAAUGAAAUUACCAUAAUCCGCGAAGACCAGUGUUGCCAUAAAUGUCAAGCGUGCGCAGCCAAUGCUGUGGUCGUGAACAACACGUGCCGGCCGUGUGACGAAGGCCAUGUUCCAAACAAGAACGUAACAUCGUGUAAAAAGCUGCCUUUAAGGUACGUAAACAUGGACACGACUCUUGCAGGAUUCUUAGCGUUCUUCGCCGUACUUGGCAUCGUUGCGGACGCAAUUGUUUUCGCGAUAUUCAAGAAAAACUCGGGCAACAAGCUCAUAAAGGCGUGCGGCCGGGAGAUGUGUUACUUCAUGUUCCUCGGCAUCGCUACGAUUUUCGUCGUUCCGUUAAGCUCGCUGUCAAAACCCACGCAAAGCUUGUGCUAUUUCCGCCGUUUCAUCAUGGGCGUUUCGUUCACGCUUUGCUACGCUCCGCUCCUCAUGAAAAUGUUUCGGAUUCACCGAAUCUUCACGAACGCGAAUCGGCUGCAGCGAUCGAGUAAUCUGAUUGGUCGACGCUCCCUUCUGUUGAUCACGACCGGUCUCGUUGCGGUUCAGGGCCUGUUCUGCGUGCUCGUGUUCAGCUCGGACCCUCCGAAACUGCGGGAGAAGUUUUACCCGCAGCGAGACGAGCUGGCGCUAGAGUGCGAUUUCAAAAGAACAUCUUUUGCGAUUUACUUUCUCUACAACCUCGUGCUCAUCGUCUGGUGUACUUUCUACGCCUUUCGCACACGGCAUUUUCCGAAGAAUUUUAACGAGGCUAUGCACAUUGGAAUAACAAUGUACCUCACCUGUGUUGUGUGGGUCGUCUUCCUAGCGACGUUCCUCAACGCCGAUUACAGCAUCUCUCGUGUUUACUGGUUGUCGGCGACUAGCCUUCUGAUUGGCUGGAUCACUCUCUUGGGACUGUUCGCGCCAAAAGUGUACCAGCUCUACACGAAGACCGAGUUCCCAAAAGGAAUGUUGAUGCCCUGGAGCGACUCGAUGUUUCCGAAGGCGGAAAGUUCUUUGGACAUUACAGACGCAUGCAGACGUCAAGAGAUAGAUGGUGUACGAGCCAAUGGUAGCCAGGGAUCGACCUCAAGCAACAAAGCCCACGUUUUGAAACCUUCCGGACUCUCGAACACAGGGCUUGUAAAUUAGGAUAUAUAAAAUAAAUGGUGACAAAUAAAAAUUAAGGCGCUGUUACACAAUACAAUUUUCUUUGCAACUUGCAAUGCAAUUACAAUUUUGAGGGAUAUUAAUUAGUAAAGAGUGUUUGAAAUACUAAGAAAACGUUAGCAGAUCGUACGAAAUGUUCGUAUUUGUCAACUUCAGAUGCCUCAGAUUGCAUUGCAGGUUGCAAGAAAAGGUACAUAGUGUAACAAUGCAUUCAGGGUUGAAAAGUUGAAAUCUAUUUAUCUAGAAUAAUAAUGAUGAUGCAUAACCGCGACUAGAGAAAGUCAUAGAGCUGAACAUAAUUUUCUGUCAAAUGCUAUAACUUUCAAGGGAACCACCUAGCCUUCAAUUUAUUUAAACUUCUGAAGAUGGAAGUAUUUGUUGAUUUAUAAUUCUUCUCACUGGUAAUAAUAUUUGAGUAUAUUUAUUAGCAGUAAGUGCAUGAAAGCCUGAAAGGGAAUUGGAAAGAACGUCGAAACCAUCUCGGCUUACUCUGCCUGAUUCCCGUUAAGGCCAUGGCCGUUAUGAAAAGAGCGCCAUGUGGUCUCAAACUUUGUAAAUAUCAUACUAAUGACGGGUCAUCAUCGCAAUAAAACAAGGGUUCAAAUAGGAAGGAGUCGUUCCGAAGCACAUCGUAUGCUUCUCCUUGGCCAUUGUUAAUUCGAUGUAAAGGCCCAAAGUGAUUGAUAUUCAUCAAUGGUAUAGUAAAUAAUUACUACAUACAGGGCAUGGGGUAGUU